CUGUGAAUGCAGGGGAGGAGGGAGCUGUGUCUAUUUAAAGAGGGACAUCCAGUCCCGGAGAAAGAGCAGAGGGUCCAGAACAGCCUCUCGAUGCCUUUUCCCUCCUGCGCUGUUUAACAACCGGCUUCUCGUCGUGUCUGAGUCCAGACUGCGGAGGCUUCUCUCCCGGUACGACCUGCCGUCGACCACCGGCCCGGCUCCUCUCAGUCUCCAUCCUUUAUUUAAUUAAUUAAAAAAAAUAAUCUUCAUCGUCAUACGUGGAAAGAAUGGGCAAAGAUUAUUAUAAGACGUUGGGCAUCUCUAAAGGAGCCACGGACGAGGACAUUAAGAAAGCGUAUAGAAAACAAGCGUUGAAAUGGCACCCCGAUAAAAACAAGUCUGCAGCCGCCGAGGACAGAUUUAAGGACAUCGCUGAGGCGUAUGAAGUCCUCAGUGAUCCGAAGAAAAGAGAAGUUUAUGAUCAGUACGGAGAAGAAGGUCUCAAGGGAGGAAACGGCCCCUCUGGCGACGGGCCAGGCAACGCCUUCACCUACACCUUCCAUGGGGACCCUCACGCCACCUUUGCCACUUUCUUCGGCGGUUCCAACCCCUUCGAGAUGUUCUUCGGGCGGAAAGCCAACGGCCGAGACGACGACGACAUGGAGGUGGAUGGAAACGACCCCUUCGGCUCCUUCACCAACUUCAACAUGAACGGGUUCCCUCGGGACGGGCACGCCGGCCCCGGAGGGCAGCAGCGCCGGAAGCAGGACCCGGCCAUCAUCCACGAACUGAGGGUCACCCUGGAGGAGGUCUUCCACGGCUGCACCAAGAAGCUGAAAAUCUCUCGCAAAAGGCUGAAUCCGGAUGGCAGGACCAUGCGCAAUGAGGACAAAAUACUCACUAUCGAGAUCAAGCGGGGAUGGAAGGAGGGAACCAAAAUCACGUUCCCGCGGGAGGGAGACGAGUCCCCCAAUACCAUUCCGGCGGACAUUGUGUUCGUCAUCAAGGACAAGCCGCACCCUCACUUUAGGCGGGAGGGCUCGAACAUUGUGUAUCCUGUGCGCGUGAGCUUACGACAGUCGUUGUGCGGAUGCUCGGUUACCGUGUCAACGAUAGACGGGCAGACGUGCAACAUGAAGAUCACCGAUGUCGUCAAGCCUGCCAUGAGAAAGACUGUCGCAGGUCAGGGCCUCCCCUUACCCAAAAACCCCGAGCAGAGAGGAGACCUGGUGGUGGAGUUUGACGUUAACUUUCCCGAGGCGUUGCCCGGCAACGCCAAGGACGUCCUGAAGCGGCAUUUACCUGCUUAGGACGAACGGGACGGACUGAACGACGGCAGAUACAAGCAUGACAGCGCCUGCCCUUGUAACACAAACACACUCACAGACACACGCACACACACACACAGGGACACUUGACGGAUGGACCGCUAGGACGAAUGUGCAAUUAUUUUUAAGCUAUAUGGUGUUUUUAUAAACGCCAUGCAUGCUGCCAAGUUGAUAUGUAGGUGCAAGACUGUUUGGGUUGUCGAUAUCUGAAAGAAACACAUUUCAUGUCCGUGGGUCUUUCCCACAAUCACUUUAUCUUUUUGUCUGUUGGAAAUAUUUGGUAGUUAGUGAGUGUACAUUUCCCUAAAAAGAAAAAUCCCAGUGAUGCUGGGUAUAAUUGCAGUGCCAAACAGUACAUGUUCUUGCUCUCAUUUAGAUCUGACAGGCUUCAAUGCUUUUUCAGUAUUUAUUUUUGUCCGUAGAGAGAAAAGCCUCGAUUAGGAAGCCGUCUUGAAAUCUUCGUACAGUUUGUUCAAGAGGGAAGUGGUUGAAUGAACUGGCUCGUCAUGCGCGCAUUUUAGAAAAACGUACAUGUACAGUAUAUUGAACUUGAAUUUUAAAAUAAAUAUUUCCACAUGAAGUGA